UACUUAUACAAAGUCAUUAGCUGUGGUGUGGCGUAUUUUUUGUUAGGUAUGUGCUUAGAUUUUAUUACGUUUUCUUUUUAAAGUGCUCAGUCAGUUUUCUCAUCUAAAUUUUACAAUAAAUGAGUAUUUUCUUUUAGUUUAUUUUUAUCUAUAGUAUUAUUAAGUCACAUUCCUAUUUCAUUUUUAUGGUAUAUAGCUUCAAAAUACCAUGGGCUUAACAUUAUCAAGCGUUUUCACUAGAUUAUUUGGCAAAAAACAAAUGCGAAUUUUAAUGGUUGGCUUAGAUGCUGCAGGGAAAACUACAAUUCUUUAUAAAUUAAAAUUGGGAGAAAUUAUUACAACCAUUCCUACUAUUGGUUUUAAUGUUGAAACUGUUGAAUAUAAAAACAUAGCAUUUACAGUUUGGGAUGUUGGUGGUCAAGAUAAAAUUAGACCAUUGUGGCGACAUUAUUUCCAAAAUACACAAGGAUUAAUUUUUGUUGUGGAUUCAAAUGAUCGAGAAAGAGUAGCUGAAGCUGAACGUGAAUUACAUAAUAUGCUACAAGAAGAUGACCUUAGAGAUGCUGUUCUUUUAGUAUUUGCUAAUAAACAAGAUCUUCCUAAUGCAAUGAAUGUAUCGGAUCUCACUAAUAAACUUGGACUAAAUCAAUUGCACCAAAGAAAGUGGUACAUUCAGUCCACAUGUGCUACACAAGGAAAUGGCUUAUAUGAAGGACUAGAUUGGCUGUCUAAUGAGUUGGCUAAAUAAGAUCUAUAAACUAUUGCUGAAUUAACUCGAUAAUUUUUUAAGUUCAUUAUUCAUAUAUUUUAAAAUAUUAAAUAUUUUAUUACUAUUUAUUUUAUUGGUAUUUUUACAAUUUUAUAAUUAUAAAAUUUAUAAUUGUAUGUAUAUUACCAAUAUACACCAUAAUUUUUACAGUUA